AUGGCUUUACUGAACAUUGGUGCUGGGAACAGUGAUGAUGCCUUCUACAGGUAUAAGAUGCCCAAAAUGGUUACCAAAAUUGAGGGCCGAGGAAAUGGCAUCAAGACAAAUAUAGUCAACAUGGUUGAUAUCGCAAAGGCUUUGGCAAGGCCCGCUGCGUACACUACAAAGUAUUUUGGUUGUGAACUUGGCGCACAAUCCAAGUUUGAUGAGAAAACUGGGACUUCUAUCGUUAAUGGGUCCCAUGACACUGCUAAGCUAGCUGGCCUCCUUGAAAACUUUAUCAAGAAAUUUGUUCAGUGUUAUGGAUGUGGAAAUCCAGAAACAGAGAUACUGAUUACGAAGACUCAAAUGAUUCAACUCAAAUGUGCUGCUUGUGGUUUUGUGUCUGAUGUGGACAUGAGGGACAAGCUCACUACUUUCAUUAUUAAGAACCCACCUGAGCAGAAAAAGGGAUCCAAAGACAAGAAAGCAAUGAGAAGAGCUGAGAAGGAAAGACUGAAAGAAGGUGAAGCUGCUGAUGAGGAGCUGAAAAAACUGAAGAAAGAGGCAAAGAAGAAGGGCACUUCCUCUGCUAAGGAGGGCCCUGUGAAGGCCAGCUCUUCAAAAAAGAAAACAAGUGGCUCUGACGAGGAUCAUACAUCACCUACUCUCAGCCAGGCUGAUGAAGAGGAGGCUGAUGAUGAUGAUGAUGAUGUUCAGUGGCAAACUGAUACUCGAUAG